GGCCAUGGCCUGGCGGCGGCUGCCAAAACCCAACAUCCAGGCCCGCGGCGCGCUAGUGCUGCUGGUUCUGGUGGUGUGUGUGCCGGUGACCCGGGGCCGGGCGUUCGAGUGGUACUCGGCCCGUGUGAGCACCGCGUACUUGGAUCCACAGACGAACCUGACGGUGCGGAGCGUCUCUGAGAGUGGUCGCUUCGGGGAACACUCGCCCAAGGAGGGCGCACAGGGCCUGGUGGGCGUCCCGCGAGCGCCAGACCUCCACUCGGAGGGCUGCGCGCCCGAUACCCGCUUCCACGUACCCGCAUCUGGAGGCCAGAGUGCGGCGCCCUGGGUGGCUCUGGUGGCGCGCGGGGGCUGUACGUUCAAGGACAAGGUUUUGGUGGCGGCGCGGAGGAACGCCUCAGCCGUGGUGAUCUACAACGAGGAGCGCUUCGGAAACCAAACAGCGCCCAUGUCCCACGCAGGAACAGGGAAUAUAGUGGUCAUUAUGAUUAGCUACCCAAAAGGAAGAGAAAUUUUGGAUCUGGUGCAAAAAGGAAUUCCGGUAAAAAUGGCCAUCGGGAUUGGAACCCGCCAUGUACAGGAGUUCAUCAGUGGUCAGUCUGUGGUGUUUGUGGCCAUAGCCUUCAUCACCAUGAUGAUCAUCUCACUAGCCUGGCUAAUAUUUUAUUAUAUACAGCGUUUUCUAUAUACUGGCUCACAGUUUGGAAACCAGACCCAUAGAAAAGAAACUAAGAAAGUCAUCAGCCAGCUUCUACUUCAUACUGUAAAACGUGGAGAAAAGGGAAUUGAUGUUGAUGCUGAAAAUUGUGCAGUGUGUAUUGAGAAUUUUAAAGCAAAGGAUGUUGUCAGAAUUCUGCCAUGCAAGCAUAUUUUUCAUAGAACGUGCAUUGACCCAUGGCUUUUGGAUCACCGAACUUGUCCAAUGUGUAAACUUGAUGUCAUCAAAGCCCUGGGAUAUUGGGGGGAGCAUGAAGAUGAGCAGGAGAUGCCCACUCCAGAAUCUACCCUGGGAAGUGUUUCAGCUACAAAUCUCAGCGUUGCCUUACCAGAUGAAGACAGAAGUGAUGGAAGCAAUUUGCCAUCAUCUUCCACUGAUGAGUCUGUGACCCAAUGCAAUGUCAGUUUUAAAGACAGUGCAGGCGAAAACACAGCACUGUUGGUGGUGUGA